AUGCCGCUCAAUGCAACAUCAUUUCUGGUCUCGCAAGGCUGGGAGGGCGUCGGCGUGCCCCUUGACGGUAAAGCCGGCAAAGGUCUAAAGAAACCCCUCGCUAUCACCCAGAAAAAGACACUAUCCGGUAUCGGCAAGGAUCGAGACCGAGCGGACGAUUGGUGGAACAGCAUCUUCACAGCGAGCGCAAAGUGUCUCUCGAUCGGUUUAUCCCCAUCUUCAUCCGGCGCAUCCACACCAACACUCGACAAGCCGAAGGCUUCCGGUAGCGGUACAUCAUGGAACAUGAGCGAAAGGUCUGCCGCCACUGCAACCAUGUCACUAUCAUCUCUCGCAAAGCGGGAACACGCCAGGAAAACUCUUAUGAGCAAUUUCGUUCGAGGCAAGCCCAUCGUUCCUGCUGUCGAGGUCGAGCCACGAAAGCCUGCUGAGGUUGUCGCAGCCUCCGACGCCGAGGCUGAAUCCGUUCUCAAUGUCGCAUCCUCCUCAUCAUCUGGCACCACACCCCCGGGAGACAAGGACAACGAACGGCUGGAAAAGAAGCUCGCAAAGAGGGCGCUUCGCAAACAGCUCGCCGAGGCAGGCCAACCGAAACAGAAAAAGAGCAAGAAGGCGAGAGAGGACAAGAAAGAAAAGAAGGGAAAGAAGGAUAAGAAGGAUAAGAAGGCAAACAAGACUACUGAGUUACAAGGAUCAAGUGUCGCCUUACCGUUGAAGGAUACAUCACCCUCGAAGAAACGUAAACGUAAACGUGAUUCGCAGAGCGUUGAGGUCAAUAGUGUGGAAGCUAUGAAGGACAAGAAGGACAAGAGCGGUAAGAAGGACGAAGGAGACAAGCGAGACAAGAGGCAGAAGAAGGCCAAGAAGCCCAACACGGACAAGAAGCAGAGGCUGGACAAGGACAAGGACAAUGUGGACUAG